GCUAAUUAGAGCCUUUCCCGGGAAAUUUGAGCUUCGCGGGAGGGACUUCAGUGCGUAAUCAGCAUUCAACUAUGUGUCAGUUCGCUGUGUUGCUUCCUGGGGCAAUUUUUGAAAAUCCCAGGAGGGUGUAGUGUUAGUUAGCUCAAUCUAAUGCAUCUAACAAGUCAUAUAACAUUAAGCUGAAAAAAUAUCGGCAUAUUAGAUCUGCAUGUAACACUUGCUGCAGGUAUUUGUAUUACAGGAAAACACGACUUCGGUGUAAAGAAGAAGCGAAGGGCUGUUAGCCUCAAAUCUAUGAAGAUGAGAAAACGGAUCUCAUCAGGCCCCAAAAGACCGAUACUAAAAAAUGGUGGGGGAUCUAAAGCUGGUAAAUGUAGGCCUGUAACUAGGUCGUCACGUCGCGUUAGGUCUGUCCUCUCCAGCUCUGCUCGUAAAGAAAUUACUACGUCGACAUCAUGCCUCACAAAGCCAGUUUGUGUGUCGGACCUGGCAGCCGGCAGGAGUCACCCGAAUCCGAUCUAUACCGAUCCUGCGCCGGGACCCGCCUUAAGACGCCAGCCGGCAAAACGGCAGCUGGAGAUGGACGAGUCUGACAGAGAGAGUGGGAAUCGCGGGUCCAAACGGCAGAAGGGCGAUGUUACAGCUCCGAGUCCUGCAAUUGGCUCUGAAGCUGUCUCGCCGGUGCGACCGGCAGGGAGUCGCCAUGACACGUCUCUGGGCAUUCUGACCCAGAAGUUCUUCCAGAUGAUGGACCGGUCUGCGGACGGAGAGGUGGAUCUGAACCAGGCUGCGGAGACGCUCGAGGUCAAGAAGAGACGCCUGUAUGACAUCACUAAUGUGCUGACGGGCAUCCACCUCAUUAAGAAGACGCUGAAGAACAAGGUCCAGUGGGUCGGCCGCAGAGCGCCGGGGGCCCGGGGUGUGCUGAGCCGCUGUCACGCCCUGAGGCGAGAGCUGGGGUUGCUUGUCCAGCAGGAGGCGACGCUGGACCAUCUCAUCCAGGGCAGCGUCCGGAGCAUCAGGCAGAUGGCUGAGAACACCAACCUCCAGAAAUUGGCGUAUGUGACCUCCCAGGACAUCCGGCUGAUCGGAAGCCUUGGAGAUCAGACUGUGCUGGUGGUGAAAGCUCCCUACGAGACCAAGCUGGAGUUACCCGCCAUGCCCGAGAGAUUUCAGAUUCACCUAACCAGCACCAAGGGGCCCAUUAAUGUGUUCUUGUGCCCGGAUGAGAUUACGGCCAACAGUCUCCCGGAGGGUGUCGUGAACGGGAAUGUACCGGCCCCGGAAGAGUCAGACUGCUCCACCCGGCAGAUGCGGGGGGGUCCUGGUGUCCCCCCCGUCAGCUCUGAAGGGCUGUUUGUCACGCUUUCAGCGCCCAACAGCACACAGUACCUCCCCAUCCUGGAGGACGACAAGGGGAUCAGCGACCUCUUCAACUUCGAGCGACACCCGCUGGACAGCCACCUCUGAGAAGGGCGUCUUUCAGGAUGGACGCGGGGCAGGACUGGGUUCUGAGGUUGUCCAUUUAAGAUACUCCCCCUCUCUCGUGUUUGUGGUGUUAGGUGCCCUCUCUAACCUGGUCGCAGAACUCUCUUUGCUGAUUGGGCCUACGAAGACACAUGAUGGGGUGUAUCCUGAAACCACUUGAACUCCAGCCUCCCUCCCCCCUCCUUUGAGAUUUCCCAGCAUUCUUUUAAUCAUGAACAGUCUUGGAGUCAGUGUUUCGGCUGGCUCCCAGAUCCUCAGGUGGGCGUGGCUUAAAUGUCACAUGACCAUAGAGGCGGAGUGAUGGCUUUUUGGUAAAAGGAAGAUAUAAGGCUUGCUUUGGAUGUGGAUCCAGUGAGCCAUAGGUCUCUACAUAACAUCUGAUGUAUAUGUGACAGGGCUCAGUCUCUAUGGGCUCGGAAGGCUGGCAUAGACUAGCAUUUCACCCAUUGAAGUAAAGUCAAAUUUCUGUUUUGUUUUGUUAGGUGAAAAGGAGUGUUAUAAUUCGUCUCUCUGGUCUGUGUUGAGGAAACGACGCUCUCGUUUAAUGGAUUUUUAUUUUUGACCCACAGUUGUAUGAGUUCAGAGAGAUGAAGACAAGAUUAUUUGAACUUCUGGCAAGAAUGCACGGGCAUUUUGUUUCUAUGUCUUGGACAUAUGUUGUACCUGUAGAUACUAACCAUUUGUUAAUAAACAUUCAUCCAUC